CGUCUGAGUAACGAGUAUAUGUGCGGGACCGACCUAACCAGUUACAGUCUAAGCAUUAAUAAUUGGUCAUGACCAAUAGUUUCUCUUCUCUUGCUACUGCCAUUUGGGAGUGAGCACAAGCCUGCAUCUUUAAUGUUUGUCUUACAUUCUCAGAUGACUAAUCAAAAUGCAUGCUCAGCUGGAGGACACCAAUAAAAUAAUUUAACCUUAGCUAACUCCUGCUUACCAUUAUCAUGGUCUCUGUGUCUACAGGUCCACACUGCCUCACGCGAUGUGUUGUUGGCAAGACAUUCUAGAAAUAUUGGUCCCCCUCCACCAACUGGUGGAUCGCCCCACACUGUGUCGUUGUUGGCAAGGGGUUCUAGAAAUAUUGGUCCCCCUCCACCAACUGGUGGAUCGCCCCACACUGUGUCGUUGUUGGCAAGGGGUUCUAGAAAUAUUGGUCCCCCUCCACCAACUGGUGGAUCGCCCCACACUGUGUCGACGUCGGCAAGACAUAUUGGUCCCCCUCCACCAACUGGUGGAUCGCCCCACACUGUGUCGUUGUCAGCAACACAUUCUAGAAACAUUGGUCCCCCUCCACCACCAUAUAUUUCCUCUUCACCGUCAUUAGAACAAAUAUUAAGCAGGAUUUCUGUUCCACAGCUCUUAGGAGAGAUUUACAUGCCUACAGUUGUUCCCCACCCACAUUUAAUGACUUUUGGCAGGAAGCCUCCAUUCACUCCAGGAUAUCAACCCGAGAAUUAUCCAGGGCCAGUUUUACCACCUACACAAACGGAGUUAGAUUACAGGAGUUCCCCACCAGCUACAGACCCAUUCCCCAAGUGUGAUACUAGCCUUCCCUAUAAGGAUGUGGUAUAUUUACAGGCCCAGGAAUCUUCUGAAAAGACUUCCACCACACAUCCUUCAAAGAAGCUUACUGUGAAGUGCCAGUACAAGGGAAGAGCUCCAGCCAACAUGCUGAGAGGGUCUGCAACAAGUGAUGAUCAAUUUGUGUAUUGUGUAUUAGCCAACUCUACGUCAGUCUACCGAUAUGAACUGAGUGCAAGGAAAUUCGAGGAACUUGCGUCGUGUCCGUACCGUAAUGCUGGACUUGCAAUCAUCAACGGUGAACUGACUGCUGUAGGAGGAAUGGAUGGAACCAAUCGUAUAAAUAAACUCUUUACACUACGACAAGGGGAAUGGGUUACAGAAUACCCUCCCAUGAACAUUGCACGUUCAAUGGCUAGUGUGGUUGCCACACCAAAUGGUGACUGCCUCUUUGUAAUUGGAGGAAGUGCUAGAUAUUCGGUCACACCAGUGGAACUAUUUCACCUG